CAUUCUGGGUAAUUCGCUGUUUACUUCCUGCGGCUGAGGAAUCCGUGGCCCAGUCCUUUGCUGUUCUUUUGUCGGAGAGGAUGGCCCUGGAGACGGUGCCGAAGGACCUGCGGCAUCUGCGGGCUUGUUUGCUGUGUUCGCUGGUCAAGACUAUAGACCAGUUUGAAUAUGAUGGUUGUGACAAUUGUGAUGCAUACCUUCAGAUGAAGGGUAACCGGGAGAUGGUAUAUGACUGCACCAGCUCUUCCUUUGACGGAAUCAUUGCGAUGAUGAGUCCAGAGGACAGCUGGGUCUCCAAGUGGCAGCGAGUCAGUAACUUUAAGCCGGGUGUUUAUGCAGUGUCAGUCACUGGUCGCCUUCCCCAAGGAAUCGUGCGAGAGCUGAAAAGUCGAGGAGUGGCCUACAAAUCCAGAGACACAGCUAUAAAGACCUAGCAAGAUGCGUGGCUGCCAUUGUCUUUCCUCCCCACCUCCUGCAUCUGCUAAUUUUUUGUUACGGAACUAAAUGGACAGAACUUCAGAUACUCCCCACCCUCCAACUCUGAGGCUCAGCGGACUGUUGAGAGACCACAGCGUGUCUCUGAGCCAUUUUACCUUUGGAUUGCUGCUGGGGCUGGGGGUGGGGGGUUUGGGCUGGUGGAUUAACAGAGACUGAAUUGAAUGGGGGGUAGGAGACCCAGUCUGUGCCCUUGCCCAUGGGUAGGACUCUGGGUCAAAUGCCAAAUAAACGUGAACCCAUAGGAAAGUUCUUAAGCCCAUG